GACGAGUGUCAGACUGCUGCUUUGCCUGAAUCAGUUCAUCCAUGUCGUCUGGCUGAGAUUGUUUGUUGAACUGGACUCGGCCAUGGUUGUUGUGCUCACUGUCCAUGUUGUGGUGGAUAAUUUACUGCGUACCUGCCCAUAUUUAAACCCAUGAAUGUGUAACCUUUAUGUGAAACUGAACAAACUGGACUUCAUGCUUGUCUUUGUUUUAUUUUAUUUAUAGGCAGUGGGGACGCGCUGCGGGGAGUACGCGUGGGAUCCAGACCAUGCAUGUGGUGUGGUCGGCCUGCUGGUGGUGGACACUCAAGUGUUUUGAAGAUUGUCUUUUUUUUUGCAGUGUAAGUUGCAGCGUUAGUGAUCACAGUGAGCUCACGUGGUGGUAUCUAGUGGAGUCUGUGAUGGAAUCUCCCUGCGGUAAGUACCCUGUCUGGUUAUAUUUGUUAUAGUUUAUUUAAAUCAGUAGAUAUAACUUUUAGAUAUUUAUUAUUGUGAAAUAAAAAAUACCUUUCUAUUAAACUUUGUGUUGCUUUCUAUUUGCUCAGGUACUCCGGCACCAAGUAUAUCAUUUUUAAAUAAAUAUGAUUGGUAAACUGAAUGCACGUCUCCUGCUCUCCUUGAAGGAACACAUUUAAAGCCGGGGCCUAUCAGGACCCAUAGCGAGGUGACUGGUUUGUUACAGUUCUGCUGAAAUUUAAAAAUUAUCUUUUUUUCUACAUUUUCUCUGUUUAAGCUCCUGGAGGUUUGUUUGGUGAUGGGUGUUACUGCAGUCCUGUCAGUGAACAUGGUAACAGCCAUCAUGUUACUGACUGUCUUCUCUCUUUCAGAAGCGUCGGAUGAAUGUCGGACUUAUUGGUCAGUGCUCUUCAUCACUACACCAAAGAAGAUGGAAGCACUGAGUGGAACUUGUCUGAAAAUCCCAUGUAGCUUUAGUGUUAAAAAAGGAAAAGAAGAGUUUGACAACACAAGAGAAACAUUUGGAAUAUGGUUUAAAGAAGACAGAGAGACCUACAAUCCAAACAAUGUGGUUUUUAACAGUGAUGGCACAGUCAACACAUUUCAAAUGAACAUAACUGGAAACUUGAGAAUGAAAAACUGCACCACUCUGAUUUACAACAUGAAGACGACAUAUGAAGGCGUAUACUACUUCAGAAUCAUGAACUGGCCUUUCAGGGCAAGUGCUCGUUGUGAUCCUCUUCACAUAACAAUCAAAGAUUCUCCUCCGAGUCCCAAACUAAUCAUCUCAGGAGAUCUGAAGGAGAAGGAGUCUGUCACUAUAACCUGCUCAGCUUCCACUCCCUGUCCACUCUCCCCUCCUAAACUCACCUGGACUCUCAAACAAGACUCUCUCAACAACAUGGAGGAAAACCCAGAUAAAACCUUCACGACUAAAAUCCAGGAGCAGAUCACUCUGACGGACAAACAUGAUGGAUACAACAUCACCUGUUCUGCCACAUAUCCUGUGAAUGAAGGAAAAGAAGUCAAGACAGCAGAGGAGACACAGACUCUCAGAGUUUCAUAUGCUCCUAAAAACACCUCAGCGUCCAUCAGUCCAUCAGGUUUGGUGUCAGCAGGUAUUCAUGUGAACCUGACCUGCUCCAGCAGAGCCAAUCCUCCUGUCAGCAGCUUCACCUGGUUCAAGAUCAGCAGAGAUGGACACAUGAUCGUAUCUGAAGGAGAGUUUUACAGCUUUGAUGCCACAGAGGGAGGAGUUUAUUACUGUGUGGCCAUGAAUGAUCUCAGUAAUCAGACAUCACCACUGAUCCAUUUGAGGGUUGCAGAAAAUCUGAUUUCCGAUCUGUUUGGGGUUGAUGUCCACAUUACAUUGAAGAUCCUGGGAAUCGUGCUGCUCUGCAGUUCAGUCAUCAUCUUUGAGUGCUGGUUAAAGUCAAGAUGCUUCAACAAACAGGUGAAGGACGCAGAAGAAGCAGACUAUGUCAACAGAGUGGUUAUGAUUCAAGCUUCAUGAAGGAGAAGAGGAUGACUUCAUGUUCAUCUUAAAUGCAAUAUCUCUAUUUCUCUUUUCUGUAUUAAAUGUUUUUUCUUUGCAGCAGGUUAGUGAUGAACAAAGGAUGGGAUACGACAGGAAGGAUGUUUUUGUUCAAAGGCAGAUAACAUAAAAAUACUGUAAUGUACUGCAGCCAGAUCAUUACACUGUGAAGCACUGUGCUGGUCUAUGGUAUUGUUUUUGUAAUUAUUUUUUAUAUUAGCUUCUUUUAUAAUAAUAAUACAUUUCAUUUCAAAGCACUCCAUGUCACCUUACAAAGCAGAGAUAAAAACAACAGAGUAACAAUACAUCGAUCAAAUUAACAUUAAAAAGACAAAUUUACAGAGUAUGAAAUCUUUGUGAGAUAGGAUGGAAAAUGAUCAGACAGAAAAUGCCCAUUUUAAAAGAUGUGUUUUGAGAUGAGAUUUAAAAAUAGAGAGAGAGUCAAUAUUACGGAUGUGUGGAGGGAGGGAGUUCCAGAGGCGGGGGGGCAGAGACGCUGAAGACCCUGGACCCCAUGGUGGACAGGCGGGCGGGUGGUGCAGUGAGUUGAAUGGAAGAAGAAGACCUGAGAGUGAGGGUGGGUGUGUUGAUGUGCAGGAGAUCAGAGAGGUAGAGAGGAGCGAGGUGAUGGAUGGACUUAAAGGUGAGGAGCAGAAUCUUGAAGUUGAUGUGAUUAAUGGAGGGGGGUCAUGAGAGGAUGCAAGCAGCAGAGCUCUGGACCAGUUGAAGUUUGUGGUUGGACUUGAGAGGGGGAACAGUGAGGAUGGGAGAUUUAAAAAGGGUGUGAACGAUGAUGGAGGUACUGUUGGAUGUGAGGGACGGAUGGAGAUGAUUUAAGUUACGUAGAUGGAAAUAAGCAGGCCGAGUGACAUUAUUGAUGUGAGCUCUGAAGGAUAGUGUGCUGUCGAGGAGGACACCCAGACUCUAAACCUGAGGGGAGGGAGAAACUGAGGAGUGAUCAACAGGGAGAGAAAAACUGUCAGGUUUUGAAAUUGUGGAUUUGGUGCCGAUUAGGAGAACCUCGGUUUUGUCAUGCUAUUUCUUUCUUAUGAAAAACAAUUUUCAAAAGACAAACAAGGAUGAUAAGUGAGACUUUUGAUAAGAAGAAGAAACUGAAAAUCUGAAGGAAUAUUUUAUUGAAAAAAAAUCUUUGAUGUUUAAAUAUGUUUAUAGUCUGAAUUGUAUGUGUAAUAAAUGAAUUAACUUAAUGUACUAUUGCUUUUUUAUAGGCUCCUUCUAUGAUCUUUAUUAGUUAAUCAUCUGUAUUAUGUGUCAUUUACGUCAUGAAAAGCUUACUAGUAUGCAGGAAGAGGAAAGUAGUCUGUUCUCUACUUUCCCACUUAAAUGUAUAAGGAGAUAUGUUUUAAUGUAAUGCUGUGGCCUUAUUCAUGAAGCCUCCUAAAUACUAAAAGUUGCUCCUAGUGACAACUUCUAAGAAUUUCCCCUUAAAGUUAAGACUAGAUCAUUGUAAUAAUUAAACUUAUUCACAAAGUGUCUUAGCCCUUAAGAGUCCAUCUUAGACUUUUGUCAGUGCAAAGUGAGACAUGCAUGUUGAGUUCCUGAUUACCUCCACAGGUAAAUCCAAUAUCUAAUAAAUGCUGAUAUAACUCUCA